UGCUCCCGCUGGCGCCCGCCCUCCCGGCGGCAGAACAGGGCCCGGCACCGGCGCGGCGGCGGCCGGCGAUGCGGUCGCCCAGCUGAAGGCGCGGCGCGGUCCGCUGCUCGUCCGCGGGGCUCGCCCGUCGCCGGGCCAUGUCCGUCCGCGGCGGCAACGCCCUGACGCCCUUUUCCAUCCAAGCUAUCCUCAACAAGAAGGAGGAGCGCGCCCGCCACGCGGCGGGGCGACCGCCGCCCCCGGGACCGGCCGGCGGCUGGCGGCUGUGCGGCGCCGCCGAGGAGCCGCCGCUCCCCGCGCCCGCCGCCCGCGCCCCGGCGCUGCGGACGCCGGCGGGCUGGGACUCGGACUCGGCGCUCAGCGAGGACCCCGAGGGCGAGCGGCGCUCCGAGGAGGAGGGCGCCGGGGGCAGCGCCCGCCCCGCAGAAGCCGCGGGCCGGGGGCGGCCGGCGGAGGAGGAGGCGCAGCUCCCGGAGGCGGCGGAGCGGGACACCGCCGGCCUCAGCGACAGCGAGAUGUCGGCCGCCGUCUCAGAUCGCAGCCCUCCGGAGGAAGAGGAUGGUGCGGGCAAGUGCGGAGAUCUGCUGCCGGGGGAGGAGGAGGCGGCGGCGGCCCCGAAGCCGCGGAAGAAGCGCUCCCGCGCAGCCUUUUCCCACGCGCAGGUCUUCGAGCUGGAGCGGCGCUUCAACCACCAGCGCUAUCUGUCGGGGCCCGAGCGGGCCGAUCUGGCCGCCUCGCUGAAGCUCACCGAGACGCAGGUGAAGAUCUGGUUUCAGAACCGGCGCUACAAGACCAAGCGGCGGCAGAUGGCCGCCGACCUGCUGGCCGCCGCCCCCGCCGCCAAGAAGGUGGCCGUCAAGGUGCUGGUGCGCGACGACCAGAGACAGUACCACCCUGGCGAGGUGCUGCGGCCGCCCUCGCUGCUCUCCCUCCAGCCAUCCUACUACUACCCCUACUACUGCCUUCCCGGGUGGGCUCUGUCCACCUGCGCCGCAGCCGCCGGCACGCAGUGAGAGGCACACAUACACAUCCCCCCGGCCCCGACACCCCCACCGUUCACACUGGCAGCCAGGAAACCCAUCUUCCCUCUGCCACCCCCCCAUCCAUCAAUCCAUCCGUUCAGCUCCUCCAAUCCAGA